GCCGCCUAUUUUUUUUUAAGGCUCCACGUGCGAUCAGCCAACCUCUCCUCAUGGCUCAGUCAUUAUUCAUCCCACUAAGCAAGAAAAGUACCAAAACGGCCAAGUAAUUCUCUUUAGCUGUAAACAGGGCUUUUAUCUAGAUGGAAUGCCAAUUAUAACAUGCAAUGGGAACAAAUGGACACAGACACAAUUCCGAUGUCUUGGUAUGACGUAAAUUCUCUUUAGAAUAAAACAAAAUGUUCUAUAACUUAAGAUCGGCAUUGUUUAGUGGUUCCGCAUUUCACAGCAACAUUCGGUGAUUCAUGCAAAAAUGUUUAUCAAAAUUUUCAAUUCCAAGAUGCAACUCUCUAGAAAUAUCAUAGAUAAUCACUAUAGAGACAAAGAGAGUUCUGAAAUAACCGUAAAAGAGGUUGUUUCUUAUCAGUGGUCAUCUGUCACCACCUGUGUAAUAGUGAAAAGAUAUGAUGCUUCAAGUUUAACACAAGAUAGCUUUUCAUUGUCAAUUACGACAUACACUGAAGCCUGCUUAAUCAGAAGUAUUUUUUAAUUUCAUUUCCUUCAGCUAAAAAUUCUGUUGCUUCAUUCAGGGUUUUGCCCGGAGUUCCGUAACAUUUUAAAUGGCAAAGUAUCUCAUGUGACCCCACAAGUUGGAAAGGCUGCCAUAGAAUUUCGCUGUGCUAAUAACAGUUUUCAACUGGUCGGUAAGACAAGGUUGGAGUGCAUAGAUGGACGAUGGAAUGGAAAGUUACCCUAUUGUCAGAGUAAGUUAUCGAGACUAUCGCAAAACUAAUAGGCCUAAUCAACUUGCAUUUUAAUGCAAGUUAAUUAAUUGUCAAAGUUUUGACAAUUAAAUUUUUUUAAAAUUGCAUCGGAACUUUGACAAGUACUUGACAUAAAACUAAUUGAAACUGCUUCCAACGCAACGUUGGAGCCCUUUUUUAUCAUUUAGCACGAAUAUUUUCAGAGAUCAAUUGAAUAUGCUCAAAACUCACUUGGAAUAAAUCUGUUUUUCUUCUACAGAGUUGCCGUCGUGUGUUCGUCUGCAAAAUCCAGCUAAUGGUACACUACAUGGCAAUGACAACAGCCAUAGUGCUGAAGCAAAAUUCACUUGUUUUACAGGUUUUGAUCUAUUUGGGGCUUCAACAUUAACGUGCAACAAGGGCGUUUGGAGUUCACGUGUUCCAACUUGUAAAGGCAAGCCGUCUUAUUCUCCCUGACUCACUCCAAUUGACCUCUUUAUAAAUGGCCUCUUCCAAAUCUUCAGGCACUAAACUUUCCGGUUCUUUUAUCCUUCUGAUGUUCCAUUUUCGUUUGAGGGCCGAACAGGUUUGAUGUUCAUGUCGUAAAUCAUUGUUCUGUGUUUAUUUCUCAGCUUACUGCACGAAGAUUAGGGAUCUGCCAAAUGGCCACGUGUUUGGCAUACGCUUCUCCCAUGGACAAGAGGUUUCUUUUAAUUGCAAACAUGGCUAUGAGUUGGUUGGAGAUCGCAGCCUUCGUUGUAUUAAUGGAAGAUGGAAUUCUACGGUCCCGCAAUGUAAAGGUUAGUAAUUCCUCGACAUCCCAGAAAAGAAUUUUACCAAAUAUCGUCGCUAAUAAAGUGUGCGUAGUAUUCUUUUAAGAUGUGUAGGUUUGUCACAAAACUACAGGAACUUCCCCUACUUUUAUUUUGGAUAUAUUUACCUGUUUUAUAUUUGUACUGCGAAGACCAAGGACUACAGCGAAAUCAGUAAAGGAGAAUACUUUUUCUUCAGUGAGUUCACUUUGAGUUAUUUCUUUCUCCAUAUGCUCGCAGAGUUCCUUUAUUCACGUUAUCUGCUCUUUUAACUUUUGUCCAAUUGUCACGUUGAAUAACACGCUCCCCUCGGUUAAGCGCCCUCUUUGCAAUAAGCGCCACUCCCCGUAGCCAAGAUUUUAAAUAAGCGCAUGUGCGCUUAUUUCAGGAAGUACGGAGCAUGUACAGAUUUGGCUUAGAAUGAAUCUUUCAUCUAUAUAUUUUUACCUGGAGAAAAUGGCUAUUGGCAGAAUCUUAACCAUUUUCUUUUAAAAUAGACAAUUGGGAUAAAAGCAUGACUUUUAGUUGCUACACUUACAGUGGUUCUGUUUAUACGUAUUUUAUCAUAUCUUUCUAAAUAAUUGCAACCUCAAACAAAAAUAACUCCAAAUUAGGCUCCAAUAUAUAUAUAUUUUUAUUCUUUUAUAUCAAUGAAGUAGUAUAAUGUAUGGCUAGCUUAUAUAAAAGGGGGCAAAUGUAACACCUGGUUAGAUUACUCAGUCACAAAGGUAGGUUCUAAGAUUUAAAUUAACCGUUAUUUAUAAACACUGAUCUUUGUUUUUUCUAGUUAUGCAAUGUGCAAAACCCUCCAUUCCAAGCAAUUCACGUAUCAUAUAUCCACUGACGGAUCAAGUGAGAUACACACACGGUACAACUCUUUUUCUGGCCUGUCAACAAGGUCAUCUUUUGACGGGAUCGCCGAUUAUGGUGUGUAACUAUACCACGUGGCUGAAAAGAGAAUUCAGGUGCAUCGGUAUGUUUUUUACAGCUAAAAAAAGUAUAUUAUCAUGUGACCCGUUUCACCUCGCUCGCACAAUCUUGUGGGAAACUAUGAUAAAACUAAAUUGUGGUAUACUUGAGCUGGUCCGGAAAAAGCUGUCUGGUGACGCACUUAUGCGGCUCUGUUGCAUUUCCCGAGAAAGUGGUUUAUAAAAAUGGACAUAAACUUACAACAAUUGAAUUGUGAUUUUAUUGCUCUGAUCCGAAAAAAACGAGAACUUUCGUAAGAUUUUUUUUUUUGGUCUUCUAUUGUGCUCCUCUUCUUUUUUAAGUAAGAGCUGGGACGCGCUAGCGGAGCGAAUUCAAAUAUUUCCCAAUUCUUCGCGAGUCAAACAUUUUUCGCAUCAAAGUUACAUCGACUACCACUGAUUCCCACAUACCUCAAUCACAAAUCCAUUUCGCUCUUAAGAGAAACACAAAACACCUCGCGCGAAUUACUACACAUGCAAGGAUGGAUCAUUUCACCACCUGCGUUUUGAUUGCCACUUCUUUAGUUCUCCCUUGGCGUGCGCUAAGCUGGACUAGCGGCGGACCAAAGUAUUUUAUCCAAUGUGUUUUGCGUAACAUAAGAGCUUCAUGGUUAAAAAAUUUGAUUAUUAGUUGAGGCGGGACAUCGGCUACUUUAAAUAUUGGCGAAAUUUUUGAACCGGGGCUCACCCUUACUUCACGCUACUGGCAGACAGAUUUUUCACUUACAUCAAUAAAAUAGGCUCUAGCGUUCGUCCAGUGCACACUCCUUUUUAUCUAUGCAAUUGAGGCUUAUUUAGGUUAAAAAGUAAAGUUCAACAAUUUGUAGGACUUGGCGGUCAUAUAAUAAAAUACUUUUUGGCUCUCAUCAAGCUCGUCAUGGUAAGUAAGUACAUUUUCUUGAAAACAUGAUGUUUACAUCAUGAAUAUAUGUAGAAGAAAAAACAAGUAAACUUUAUUACACCGUCACCUUGAUAGCCUCCUGUCCCAUCCUUGGACCAAUAAGGAACGGAAUCAUCACACAUGUAACACGGAAGAGUGGUGGUGAAGUUGAAAUAAAAUGCCGUGCUAAUUAUACGUUAUUCGGAUCCUCAAAACUGAGCUGCAUAAAUGGAGAAUGGAGCAGCAGCAUUCCUUCGUGUAAAGGUAUGUUUCAUACAUGUGACCACCAGUCGAGAAAUAAGAAAAGAAAAGCAAACUUUCACGGCCUCCACCUGGCCUCCACCUCAUACUGUGCCAAUUACACCUGUAGUCUUCCUUCAUCAUGAAAGAUCCGGUUCUCUAAUAAGCAGUUUCUCUUUUGGAUUUUACAGCUUCCUGUAAAGAUCCUGGCAAUCCUUUGAAUGGGAGAAAGCUUGGCGAUGACUUUCGUCACAAAAAAACUGUGUCUUUUACCUGUCAAAAAAAUUACGUGUUAGAGGGAGCGCGAACGGCUACAUGUUUAAACGGCCAGUGGAGUGCUAAGAUGCCAAUUUGCCAGGGUGAGUUUUUCAGGAAAAUCAUGAUAAAUGCAAGAUCCUGCAUGUUGUUCAAAGGUUUUAGUUUUCUUAGUGCUUUGAUGCUAAGUUUGAACCCCAUUGUAACCGUAAAUAGAUGGUAUUCAGAAAUUAACUGUCACCGGCUUUUCACUACAGAAUUAUUUAAAUGGUUCUGGAAAGCCGGAAUAAAUUUUCAAGUGUUCCACUUCACGGAAAAACCAUUGGAACUGUUUGUGAACACGAUUCAUUCGUAAACUUCCAAUGUUUAUCCAAUCGUGUUUUAAAAGGCGCCUGGAGGAUGAAAUGUAACAACGGGCAGUGGGAAAGUUGUCUUAGGUAACUGAAUAUCGUUGAUUUGUUAGAGAGCUAGAAAUUGUAAAGAGUAAUAUGGCUGUGAUAUGUUUGGUGCAGUAUAGUAAGUGGUCGCUAGUUGUGGAAAAAGCAAAAAUAAGUGCAGAAGUCAUCCAUAUCAUGCUAUCGUAAAACUUCUGCCGAAUGCGACACUGUCAUAGCGAACACAUAGUGAACGAUGGAUUAAGCUCAAAACGUCAGCUGUAGAAUCUCUCUACGGUGGCCAAUCCACAUCAUCAACUCAGUUGAUUAUACCAGAUCAUCUUGUAGUACUCCCCUACGACGUAGCACCACAAUUUCUUUCGAAACUUACCAGCUUUAAUACAGCAGUAAGCGUCCUCGAGAGGUUAACUGACAAAUGAGCAAAAUUUCUAUCGGUAAGAGACAUUUGUCUCAUUCGCUCUUACGGUUGAAUAUUGUUACGACACACCCAUCCAUAGUAACACGACCUCGGAAAAAUGAGCGAUAUACGAAAGUAUAGGACCACAUUCGCCAGUCCCUUCGCACUCCGCUUUGUUAGAAAUGUAGAAAUGUAGUUGGUUGUUUCGUUUGAAACUUCAGAAGCACGGAGUUUAGAGCGUGGACUACAUGCUUAGGCAAAAACUCAGUAGAGUGACAGAAACAAUGUUUCGUUGUCAUGUUAAAGUCUCUCCAAUUGGAAGCCUUUAAAAUGGAAUGGAAACUACAGAAACUGGCGGCAACUUGCAUUUUUUAAUUUGUAGCUUAUAGCUCAUUGUCCACUUUAUUUUUACGUUUAAGAUUGCGACGGACCCCUGAAAACCUCCAUAGGAAAAAUAAAGUGUUCAAUCGAAGGAAAGAGGAGUUAUACUGAGAUAAACCUUCAAAAGGAAAAUAUUAUUACGGCGGCAAGUAUCCAGCUGGGACAAGAUAAAAGAAAUGUUCUACAGAUUCAAAUAAAAGCGCUUCUUUCCAGCAGAUGGGUACACAUUGUCAGACCUUUCAAGGUAAAAACGUGAUUACAAUAUUUCCUCUUAUUUCCCGUAUUUUUCUGCUCUGGACUGUGGAAGAGUGGUAAAGUGAAAUAUGAAAAUUUGACAAUCAAGUAGCAUAGUCAUAUUCGCUAGCACAAGUAUAACAUAAGAUUUUUACACCAACAGCCAUCUUUCAGUGAAGGAGUGAGAACAAUGAAACUUCCUCAACCGGUUAUUGCUCAGUCUUUGCAAGUUCUGCUCAUCACCAGACAGAGACUCUCUAGUUGUUUAACGCCGACAUUAUAUGGAUGUGAUGCAGUACGUCGAGGUUAGGCUACUUAGUUCAUAGAUGAAUUGUAUCUUUAAGUUCUCUCUCCAACACUCUCUUUAGAUAAGCACCACAAAUUAAAAUGGAACGGUUUCAUGACUGAAAUGUAGAAAAUUAAAACGUCUUUUCUUCUAGAAUCACAGUCAUCAGCAUUGAUGGUUGUGUAAUGUAUAAAAUAAAUCCUUUAGACGAGAAACUGUUCCGAGUUCAGCUUGAGAAUCACCUCAUUUUUAUGCAAUAACUAUUCGAAUUGUUGUCUAGCCUCACGUUUUGCGUCCUUGUCUUUUUAGGUUGUAUCAUGCCAGGCUCUGCAGUCCUCUUCAAGGAGGGAAGAAAAUAUCGUAAAGGGCGUUUUUCGUUUGUCUUGAGUGUCGACUGGGAAGUCGUUGAAGGAGAACGAUACAAAUAUUUAAGUAGAGAUGACAUACUAAUUCUUGAUGAAAAACCUAACGACAACCAGCUACCUGAGGGCACUGCAGUCGUUGGAACAGAUUCGCGAGGGAAAAUAAAGAGGGGAAACAUAAAAAGAUCGUGCAGUUCCACUUCCUGUCCUAUUGAAACAAACGGUGUAGAGUGGCAGAGCAAAUUAGAAAACGUUCGAUUAUUCAAAGGAGAAUUGUGUAAAUAG